CAUAUUGUGCGGUUUUCGUAGCAAUUGUCAGUAUUUCAGUGGUGGUAAUUCCCAUUAUUUUGAGUAGGUAUUUUGCUAACGAUUGUAAGCCCCCGCCCCUCGAUCGUGAAGAAUGGUGGGGCAAAGGAGACAAGAACAAUAACAAGCCGGAUUCCAGCGUGUAUGAAUUCCCUAUCAGCUUGACAGACGUAGUUCUUAAUGAUCUUAACGAAAGAUUAUCCAAGACUCGUUUCUUUGAAAACUUGGACGGUAUCGAUUGGGAAUACGGUAUUAAUCCUGACUACAUGAGAGAAUUGACCGAAUAUUGGAAGACGAAGUACGAUUGGCGUAAGCAAGAGAAAAUUCUCAACACAUACAAACAUUACAAGACAAAGAUAAAUGGAAUAAAAAUCCACUUUCUGCAUUUUCAACCAGAAUUGAGAGAGGGCCAGAGAAUCGUUCCAAUUAUGCUGGUUCAUGGUUGGCCAGGGUCGUUUUAUGAAUUCUACAAGGUCAUUCCAAAGAUUGUAGCAUCUUCAACAGAAGAUUAUGCAUUUUCUAUCAUUUGUCCAUCGAUUCCAGGUUAUGGUUUUUCAGAAGCCCCUCAUAAGCCAGGCUUUGAGGUGUUUGCCGCAGGACGGAUAUUUAGCAAGCUGAUGGCACGACUUGGUUAUGAGUCCUAUUACAUUCAGGGUGGAGAUUGGGGAAGUGCGAUAACAUGUGCAAUGGCACUCAUGGAUCCUAGUCACAUUCGAGGACUUCAUUUAAACAUGUUCCCAGUGUUUGAUAAAAACCCCUUGUCCUAUAUUCAGGCAAAAGUCUUCUUUCCAGAAAAGGAGCAGCAAAAGAUUUUCCCAUUGUCAAAGUUGGUGAUUAAAAUUCUGCGUGAGGGAGGAUAUUUUCACCUACAAGCAACUCGACCUAACACUGUUGCGUUGGCAAAUAAUGAUUCACCUGCUGGCCUGGCAGCUUACCUUGUGGAAAAGUUUGCAAUGUGGAGUGGCUGUGCAACCAAUGACACAGCAAUCUGUUUGGAAUCGUGCUUUACAAAGGAUGAAAUGCUGACAAAUGUGAUGAUAUAUUGGGCCACUCACUCUAUUGCUUCAUCAAUGAGGCUGUAUUAUGAAACGAUGCAUAGUGAUGAUGAAUUGCGCUCUGCAUCACGUAUCCCCGUUACAGUUCCUUCUGCAAUGGCUGAUUUUCCCCAUGAACUUUUUCGGACUCCAGAACCUUGGAUUCACAACAAAUUUACAGACAUUGUUCAGUUCACAGAAAUGCCUCGCGGUGGACACUUUGCUGCCUUUGAAGAACCUGAGUUAUUUGCUGCAGAUGUUAUUCAGUUUGUCGCGAAAGUAGAAAAGCGUUUACUAGAAAAAACAGCUGAAGAACGUAAGGAAACCACUGGCUGAGGGGGAUGUAUGAAACUGAAGGUUUAUAUAUGCAG